CCCACUUCAACUCCUCUCUCUCUCUUCUCUCUCUUUCAAUAUCCAUCACCAGCUUUUCUUGAUCAAUUUCUAGAGAGAGAAAAUAGCUAGCAACAUGGAUCAAGAAGGCACAAAAUCAUCAUCAAGAAAUUACAACCAAAGUGAAGAAGAUUUGUUGGAGCUAAGAAGAGGGCCUUGGACAGUUGAUGAAGAUUUCACUCUCAUCAACUACAUAGCCCAUCAUGGCGAAGGCCGUUGGAAUUCCCUAGCUCGCUCUGCAGGUUUGAAGAGAACCGGAAAGAGCUGCAGAUUACGGUGGCUGAACUACCUACGCCCCGACGUCCGCCGCGGCAACAUCACUCUCGAGGAGCAGCUCCUCAUUCUCGAACUCCAUUCUCGCUGGGGCAAUAGGUGGUCGAAAAUUGCACAACAUCUGCCGGGGAGGACAGACAACGAGAUCAAGAACUACUGGCGCACACGUGUGCAAAAGCAUGCGAAGCAGCUGAAAUGUGACGUGAACAGCAAGCAAUUCAAGGACACCAUGCGCUACCUUUGGAUGCCGAGAUUGGUCGAGCGCAUCCAAGCCUCGGCCUCGGCCACGGCCCCCUCCGCCCCAGCCCCUUCUUACACCGCGAAUCCCGACGCGGGCCCAGCCCAAAUCGCGCCCACUUACCCAGCCAUUGGCUGGGCCGGGGCCGGGUUCACUCGGGAGAACUCGAGCACGGCCGCCUCCUCGGACUCGUUUGGGACGCCGGCCUCGGACUUAACCGAUUGCUACAAUAAUUAUCCGGCGAGCCACGGCGGCAAUCAGGACGGCUAUGAUCCGGCGAAUUGCAAUAAUAAUAAUAAUCAAUUUAGCUAUGGAGAUCAAUGUUUAACUAGCCCGAGUGGAUACUUCAAUCAAGGGCUGGAUUUUGCCGGAGAGUGGCCGGCGAUGAACGGCGGAGAUGCGACGGAGAGUUUGUGGAGUGCGGAUGAUUUGUGGUUCUUGCAGCAGCAGUUCAAUGGGAAUGCUUGAGAUUGAUUAUAUAUGGAAAUACAUAUGUGUAUGUAGUUAAUUAAUUAAUCAACAUUUUAUCACAAAGGAUACAUAAACCCUAGAAAUUAAAAUAGGUUCAUGUCUUCAUAGUAUUUGUGGAGUAGUUUUUAUGCUUGUAAUUCUUUUUUAUUUUGUUUGUGGGGGAUAACUGAAAGGAAUUUGUAACUUCACUACAAGUGUCUAAUUAUUUAUUUUCUUUUGUUUAA